AUUAGAUGGGCCUUGAUGGACAUAUUCUGUUAAAACAGCACACUUCGUACUAGUGCCAUAAAUGGACCCUACACAAUCCUGUGCUGUUGCCCUGUGACCUCUAGUUAAACAUUAUGUGAUAAGUGUUAGUUGAUUAUGAUUUAUUACAGGGAGGGUGUAACUGGAUGUCUAACACACAUGUGCUUAACGACUCACUGUAAAGAUUAACUGAGAAACAAAUCAUCUAAACACAGCCCAUUAUUAAAGACGUCAAGAGCACUCUGCUCAAUAUACAGGCUGUACUAAAGCUGUUUUUCUGCUCUACUGGCUUAUGUUUAAGGCUCUAAGUUCAAUCUACUAGCAUCCGAAAAAGGAAGAGGAGAUCUCCAAGUGCUUUCAGUUGUAUCCAGCAGAAGAAUGAAGAGAUAUGGUCGAGUUGGGCCUGACAGGCCUGAUAGCCUUGAGCUUGAACUGACUGAUGGAAUCUCUAGUCAGUCAGUGCGGCCGAUCAUUGCUUCUCCAGUGUCCAUGACAUCAGUUAAAGAUGUGGGCCGGUCAGUCGCUCACCUGGCGUCCUAUGCAAGAGGCCGCUGGAAACAUGCUACCCGCAAGUCUGUGAGGAAGAAACCCACAGAGGAAUAUGUAGGCAGCAAAUACAAGGGUCUGGCAAUGGAUGAGGACAGUGCAGAUGGACAGGAGAAGAUCCAGCUGAAUAAAAGGCUUCUGGAUCACUUUCGAGUCCUGGCAGCCAGCAAUAAAGACACGGAUGAGGUGGACCUGCAGUUUCUGAAUGACGUCCUCGCGAAUGGAGCUGACCCAAACUCGGCUGAUAAAUAUGGGCAAAUGGCCCUGCAUGAGAUCUCCCGGGCAUGGAACGUGGACGUGAUGCGUUUCUUCUUGGAAAGAGGGGCAGAUUUUCAGAGGGCCGAUGCUUUUGGAGUGACACCUCUUCACGUAGCCGCAGCUCUGGAUUAUGAGGAGAUGCUGCAGUUCCUGUUAGAAAGAGGAGCUGACAUUGAAGCUCGCACGUAUAAAGAGAAGCAGACCCCACUGCACUUUGCUGCUAAGAAUGAUGCUGUCGGGGCAGUGAGGAUGCUGCUGCAGAACGGGGCGUACAUCGCUGUGCGAGACUAUAAAGAGAGAACGCCUCUACAGCUGGCUGCUAACUUCGAUCGGAGUGAGACAGCUCGUUUGCUGCUGGAGUUUGGAGCAGAUGCUGGGGUGCAGGACUCUGAUGGACAGCUCUGCAUUACUGCCAUGAUUAGUAAAAUGACUUCUGUGGCUGAUUUGGCAAUGAAUCAAUUCCAUAUGAAAGACCGAAUGACCCGAAAACAGUUCUACUACCUUCAUCUCAUGGAGCCGAAACCUGCUGACAAGACAAACCCAAAAGGUUCUGAUCCAUCAUCACCGCUGGAGGUAAUUGUCAAUCAGGGGAAACUGGAUCUCAUCAUGCACCCCGUAGUGCUCAAACUCAUCACUGUCAAAUGGAACUUAUAUGGCAGAAUGGGAGCCUGGAUACUCUUGCUUCUCAACUUCUUAUUUAUCGUGUCCUGGACAACAGUAGCCAUAUCUGUGUCAGUACGUCAAGAUGGUGAUCGGUACAAUCUUCCUCAGGACUGGUGGCGUGUGUUGUUGGUGGUUUUGGCACUAGUGCUGACGGUGGCUGAGGUGUACAGGGAAGUGAUGGAGAUUGUGCGAUCUAAGAGGAAACUGAAGCACUGGCAGCGUUGGACUGUGCAGAAAAUCAAUGAGGACUUGAGCUGCUCUCACCCUAUGUGGCCUGAGGAACGCAAUUACUUGGAAGGCCAAAUUAAGUAUAUCCGAAACCUGAAAGGAACCUACUCUCAAGACCUCUGGAAUAUCUUUGAUUGGCUGGUCUAUUCGCUGCUGCUGGCAGUUCUGGGCGUUCACGUGGCAGAUGUAGUCCUAGUGUCCGACUCACUUCGACAGAACAGUCUUCGCCUCUUUGCAGUGUCCAUUAUUUUCCUGUGGUUAAGGCUGAUGAAGCAUGUCCGAGCCUUUAGGGUGAUGGGGCCCUUCAUUGUCAUGCUGGGGAAGAUUGCAGGCGACGUGCUGCGUUUCCUUUUUCUCUAUAUAGAGAUCUACGUUCCAUAUGCGUGUGCUUUCUGGAUCAUAUUUGGAGGUUUAGCUGAGGUGCCGAGUAUGAAGACGGUUCCUGAGCUGCUGUACAGCUUGUAUCGCAUCACCCUGGUGGACGAGUAUGAGUUUGACGCCAUGCUGGAUGUGGACGCAGUGAUGGCCUACCUGCUCUGUGGAACAUUUCUGGCCCUCUCUGCUAUUCUCUGUGUUAAUUUAAUGAUUGCUCUGCUUUCUGACACUUUCCAAAGGGUCUAUGACAACGCUCUGGCCAAUGCAGUGAUGCAACAAGCUGCUAUCAUUCUGCAAAUAGAGGAAUCCAUGCCUUGGCUGAGACGCUGCUAUGACAACGAGCACAUCCACCACCACUGUGCCCCACUUGGAGAGUUCUAUGACGAUGAUGUCACCACUAACCCAGAACAACACGCAGAAAUGAAGAAGCUCACAAAACAGAUCAAGGACACUUUAGAUAAAUAUCUGCACAUCCAAAGAGAGACAGUCUCACCUGAGUUAGCCUAUGCAGGCGCCGGAGGAGAUACCACAAGGAGAAGUACUGCACUUUCAGAGAAAGAAGAACAUCUCAAGACUCUUUACAUACUUAAGAAAGACCAGCAGAAGCACAGUCAGGACCUGAGUGAGCUGAAGGCUGAAGUGAAGGAACUCCAUAGUUUGCUGCUCAGUCUGAUACAGUCCAAGACAUCUACUGAUGACGACAGGAAACCCUCCGUGACAGAGCAACCUACAGCGGACGCUAAAACCUCCGAAACGGAUGAAUGAAUUGUGGAAAUCAACAUUUAAUCCACUCGGAGGAACACUUUGAAAGGACUUAUGGAGCAAGUCAUGAUUUUGUAACCUACCUUUGUUGUUACUUAAGUUAUGCCAAUAUACUGUAGAUUGGAAUCUGUGUAAAUCAAAGAUACUUUAUUUUAAUUAUUCAUAUUUUAAUUAUAAAAUAUAAAACAAGACAAAGUCCCUUUAUCUGAAACCCAGAAAACUUAAAAGAAAUAGUGUGCACACCAUUUUUAUUUAUUUAUUUUUAUUUUUCUCACACUCAUGCCAUUCAAAACUCAACUGCUGUCAGUGCACAUUAUACUGGUCCACUCCGGGAUCGUUAAGAUUGUUGAGCAUCACAUCAGUGUUUCUUAAGCAUCAUAUCAGCAUAUCAGAAUGAUUUCUUAAAGAUCAUGUGACACUAAAGUCUGGAGCACUGAUGCUGAUAAUUCAGACAGAGAACUGCUGAAAGGAUAAUUGGUGCUCUCCUGCCCACCCAUAAAGAACUGUAUACAUCCAGAGUGAGGAAAAGGGCUCAGAAAAUCACUCUGGGUCGCUCACAUCCAAGUUAUCCCCUUUUUGACCUUUUGCCAUCUGGCUGGCGCUUCAGAGCUGCAAAUACCAGGAAAGCCAGGCACAAUAACAGUUUCUUCCCCCAGGCAAUCUACCUCACGAACAGUUAAAUGUUCCCCACUUAUGCAAUGUGCAAUAUCCUUAUAUUUAUUUGUUACCACCUCCAUUCUAGUACAUCCCUGCAUCCCAUGCUUGCAUCUAUUCCAUUAUCAUCUAUGGCUUAUUUAUUUUUCGAUUUAAUUUGCAAUAUUUUUCUUUAUAUUUACUUUUUUAUGGUAGCUUAUGUCACUAAAGCAAAUUCCUUGUACCUCUGAAUCACAAGAAUAAGUUACAUUUUCAAAUAUAUUCAGAUAGAAAACAGUUAUUUUAAAUUGUAAUAAUAAUUCACAGUAUUGUUGUUUUACUGAAGCCUCAAUCAAAUAAAAGCAGCCUUGGUGAGCACGAGAGCCUUCAUCCGAAAGC